AUGAUCUUCUCUCGGAACAUUCAGAAACUAAAUCAUGUUGAUAGAAUUAUUGCAAGAGCCCUGACGGGGCCAGGGGAAAACAGCUGUGCAAACGUCAAUACAGCUUUAGUACCUGUAGACAGUGCAUACUCAUGUGCUGACAGAUCUCAAGCAAAUCUUGUUUCGUCUUUCGGGGAAGCCUCAAAUUCAAAUCAUUCGACGGGAGAUCACCAGAAUGAGCUUAUCACCUAUCCAGCUCUUGGGUGUAUUGGAGAAACAGACAUUGAAGAUUAUUCUGCCAGUGACAUACCUACUAUCACAUUUGAUCGCCAGGCAUUCAUGGAAAAUUUGUUAAGUUACAUAGAUGAGAAUGACCUAUCAACAAAAGACACCGAUUUGUCUAAAGCUUUGGUCAUUGCCACUCAAGAAGCACCUUUGCCUAAAUUGAAGCAUAUAGGUCGGUUAAGGACGGAGCAUCAAGUCUAUGAACUUCCAGAUUCACAUCCUUUGUUAGAAGGGCUAGAGAAACGAGAACUGGAAGACCCUUGCCCAUAUCUACUUGCUAUAAGGACACGAGGUCAUUGCUUCCCGAAAGUUAUAUACUUGAAUGGACUAGAUUUAUAUAAAAAUAAGCACAAAAAUGUUGUCUAUGCAGGCUAUUCAUAG